UUUCAGCAAUAUAGAAAAUUUGUCUUUGGGAGCAGCAAAAUUAUCUAUAUGUUCUUUCUUGAAUUUGAGAUUUGUGACUCCAUUGGCAUAGGCAUUUCUACUUGUUUUUGAGGAGUCAUUGAUCUCACAGCAUAAGGAGCACACAAUACCGAUGGCUCGCUCUGCUCUAGAUGAGAUGUCAGCAACUGGUGCUUUUCUCAGAACUCCUUCAACCUUCCGCAAUUUGAUAUCACGAGAUCCAAACUCCCCUUUCCCUGCAGAAGCUGGAAGGUAUCACCUACAUAUAUCAUACGCUUGCCCCUGGGCGUCCAGAUGCCUGGCAUACUUGAUGAUCAAAGGGCUGGACAAAUGCAUCAGCUUUACAUCUGUCAAACCAAAAUGGGAAAGGACUAAGGAGACUGAUGAGCACAUGGGAUGGGUUUUUCCUGCUUCAAGUUCUGAGGAACCAGGUGCUGAUCCCGAUCCUUUCAACGGGGCUAAAAGUGUCAGAGAGCUGUAUGAGAUUGCAAGCACAAACUACUCAGGCAAAUAUACUGUUCCAGUUCUUUGGGAUAAGAAACUGAACACGAUUGUGAAUAAUGAGAGUUCGGAGAUUAUCCGAAUGUUAAAUACAGAGUUCAACCAUCUGGCUGAGAAUCCAGAACUGGACCUUUACCCUUCUCAUUUGCAAGAUCAAAUCAAUGAGAUAAAUGGGUGGAUAUAUGAUGAUAUAAAUAAUGGAGUAUAUAAGUGUGGGUUUGCAAAGAAGCAAGAGCCUUACAAUGAGGCAGUGAAAAAGUUAUAUGAAGCCUUGGACAAAGCCGAGGAGAUACUCAAUAAGCAGAGAUACCUGUGUGGUGGGACUGUGACUGAAGCAGAUGUUCGCCUGUUUGUCACAUUAAUAAGGUUUGAUGAGGUUUAUGCAGUUCAUUUCAAGUGCAACAAGAAGUUAUUACGUGAAUAUCCAAAUCUUUUCAACUACACCAAGGACAUCUUUCAGAUUCCUGGGGUGAGUAGCACAGUCAACAUGGAACACAUCAAGAAGCAUUACUAUGGAAGCCAUCCUUCCAUCAAUCCGUUUGGAAUCAUCCCCCAGGGUCCAGAUAUUGACUAUUCAUCUCCACAUGACAGAGCAAGAUUCUCCAAGUAAAAUAAGUGAAGAAAAUGCGAAUACUUCUGUAUGCAGUGCAUAUCCAAAGCAAUAAAAGUUUGUCCGAGAUAGCAAUGGAAGUUCGCGGCUACAAUAGACGAAUGCUAGUUUCCUUUCUUUUUUUUUUCGGGGAAGACAACGGUUGCUGAAGUUACUGUUUUAAGGUUUUUGAAGAAAGUGUUUGUGUUUUGAUAAAUCUCUUGAACUUAGUAUCAGGUUUGAGGCUGCUUCCUGUGAAUAGCCUGCUCUCAUUGAGCUUGUAUGUUCGAAGCAACGAAUAAAAGCUGAGACCGUCUUUUGCUUGAAAGAUGUUAUUAAUCGUGGUAUAGAAGAAAUGAAAUCUUAAUGCUCUCC